GGCUGGGAGUUCGUCGGUGUGAAGCGCAGAGCCGUCCGAAAGACGCAUGCGCGCCGAUGGGUUGGUUGUGUUUAUAACCGGGGAUGGCUGGUAAAGGGAGGAGGGGGAUAAUAACGUGGUUUCUUGGCGGGCUUCGGACAGUUACGCGCACAGCACAUGUUUUUUAGGUUUCAAUAAUGUGACUGCUGAGAUCAACAUGUCUGCUCUCUGUCCUCCUCCUUCUCCUGCUGUUGCCAAGACAGAAAUUGCACUAAGUGGAGAAUCACCAUUAUUAGCUGCCACAUUUGCAUAUUGGGAUAAUAUUCUUGGUCCCAGAGUCAGACAUAUUUGGGCUCCAAAAACAGAGCAACAGCUUCUCAGUGAUGGAGAAAUAACAUUCCUUGCGAAUCAUACUCUCAAUGGAGAAAUACUUCGAAAUGCAGAGAGUGGUGCAAUAGAUGUGAAGUUUUUUGUUUUAUCUGAGAAAGGGGUCAUUAUUGUAUCCUUAAUUUUUGAUGGAAAUUGGAAUGGAGACCGAAGUACAUAUGGAUUAUCAAUAAUACUUCCACAGAGCGAGCUUAGUUUCUACCUUCCCCUGCACAGAGUGUGUGUUGACAGAUUGACACACAUUAUAAGGAAAGGAAGAAUAUGGAUGCAUAAGGAAAGACAAGAACAUUUCCAGAAGUCUAUUAUGGAAGGUGCAGAAAGAGUGGAAGAUCAAGGCCAGAGUAUCAUUCCAAUGCUGACAGGGGAGGUCAUUCCUGUGAUGGAACUCCUAUCAUCUAUGAAAUCACACAGUGUUCCAGAAGAAAUAGAUAUACGUGAUACCGUGCUUAGUGAUGAUGACAUUGGUGACAGUUGUCACGAAAGUUUCCUACUUAAGGCCAUAAGUUCACAUCUGCAAACCUGUGGUUGCUCAGUUGUUAUAGGAAGCAGCGCAGAAAAAGUUAAUAAGAUAGUACGGACACUGUGCCUCUUUCUCACUCCAGCAGAGCGAAAAUGUUCUCGCCUUUGUAGAAACGAAACAUCGUUUAAGUAUGACUCAGGUCUAUUUGUGCAAGGGUUACUGAAGGAUGUGACUGGAAGCUUUGUGUUGCCUUUCCGUCAAGUGAUGUAUGCCCCGUACCCUACCACGCACAUAGAUGUAGAUGUUAACACAGUGAAACAGAUGCCUCCAUGCCAUGAACAUAUUUACAAUCAACGACGGUACAUGAGAUCUGAACUAACAGCAUUUUGGAGAGCUACUUUGGAUGAAGAAAUGCCUCUAGAUACCAUCAUCUAUACGGAUGAAAGUUUUACACCCGACUUGAAUGUUUUCCAAGAUGUUCAGCACCAAGAUACUUUAGUAAAAGCUUUCUUAGAUCAGGUCUUUCAUUUGAAACCUGGAUUGUCUCUAAGGAGUGUAUUUCUUGCACAGUUCCUCUUAGUCCUUCACAGAAAAGCCUUAACUCUCAUCAAAUACAUCGAAGAUGAUACGCAAAAAGGCAAAAAGCCUUUUAAAUCUCUUCGUAACUUGAAGAUAGACCUGGACUUAACAGCAGAGGGCGAUCUUAACAUAAUAAUGGCUUUUGCCGAAAAGCUCAAACCUGGUUUACAUUCGUUUCUUUUUGGUCAACCUUUUUAUACCAGCGUGCAAGAACACGAUGUCCUCAUGUCAUUUUAAAGACCUUUUAAUAUGGGUUGGUUGCAGCCUCAUAAUACUAUUUGAAAAGUUUUUGUAAAGGGAAAAAAAUGCUUCUCUUCGUAAUCACAUGCUGCUCUCCACUGCAACUGAAUGUAAAUUUACACUACAGCCUGUAGAAGGAAGAGGUGAAAAAAAGAAUUUGCUUUCAAAUUUAUUCAAUUUAGGCAGGCUCAGAGGCUCUAUUUUGCUUAUAGUAAGAGACAAUAUCAUUACGUGCGGUCAGAAUGCUAACUGGAGCUUUCAAAACAAUAAAGCAACAGAAAUGUUUUAAAAUAGUUUUUGUUGGAGCACAAAGAUAGUUUUUGUUUAGAGCGUUAUCAUUUUUGUUCUUGGUGUUGGGCAAAAUGAGACAUUCACCCCUUCUCUAUUUUGAGAUACUAAACUACAAACAAGUGUCGUAUGCUGACAGAAGACCGCAAUUUCCAUGGGGUAUUUGCUUUAGAUAGUACCAACUUCCUUCCUUCUCUCACACUUUUUAACAGCUCCUAGAAAUUGUGGCAUUAUCUAUUUAAAUACAGCUAUAAAACACUGUGCUUAGAAAAGUCACUUAGUUUGGAAUUGGACAUAACUGGAAUCGGACAUGAUCCUGGAGAGAAUUUUUAAAUUAGUAAAGUAUCACCAAUCAUACUAGUGCCCAGUGAAUCUACUCUGUUGCUGGUAAGUUAGCACAGAUGUCACACUGCUUAAUGACUGACCACAUUGUAGGUAAUUAGAAAACAAAGUGAAUACAAAAGCUUAGCUUUUGUUAAAGAGGGGUUAAGUAACUCUUCUGUAUUCUGAAUGAAAGCCAAAUAAAUAUGCUUAUUCUAUAUUUAUGAAUUGAUGGAUGGUAACAAAAUUCUGCUUUUUUCUUAAAUGACAUCAGCUUCCACUUGUGUUGUACAUGUCUUCCUUGUGUCUGCAUGGUAUUGGAUAUUUAUAUUGAUUUUAUUAUGCAGGUUUCAUAAGUAAAAAAUCUGAAUAUCUGCUGUUA